AUGGUUGUGUCGUCUGUUGCUCCAGUCGACCUGACUGUAGAACCGGAUCUGCAGCCUCUAUACCCGACACCAUCACAGAUUGCCCAUCUUCUGUCGCCUUAUGUUGGGCUCUCACCGCAACAGAAGGCAGAACUGGUGUCUCAUAGCUUGACACGCGCCUGCCAAUUUGGAGACAUGCUACUUCUCUCUCAUCUGCUCACCGAUCCUAAUGCCCAUCCGUACGUGGACCUCGGGAAGCAGGACGAAGAUGGCCUCGGUCUCAUCAGUGCAACUAUAUUGGGCUUUGGUUCUGAAUCGGAGCGAGACAUAGAGCGAGAGGAAUGUGUUAGGUUGCUCAUAUCUGAGGGAUGUGACGCAAACGUUGCAGACAAGGGUCUGUUGUUGGUUCUAAUUCCGUUGGAACCACGAAUUAAUAUUGAGAUGGCAGCUGGUUGGAGCCCCCUUCACUACGCUGCCCUGGUUUCUCCCCCGACUCUAGUCUCACACCUUCUGACGCAUGGUGCAUCACCCUUUUCCUUGACUCGACGCAAACUCACGGCUCUUGACAUUGUUACCGCACAUUCCACUGUUCCCGGAAGGGAGGAUGUUUCCCUUCUACUCGAGGAAGCAAUGCGCGAAGAAGGGUGGAAGGGUGGAAGGAAGGAGGAACAACGGCGGUUACUGGAGAAGCGGACCCGCCGGCUAGGGAAGAGGAAAAAUGUCCAGCAUGACAUUGAGAAGACAUUAGACAUUCCCUCAAGCUGGUGGGGUGGACCUCCAGAAUCCUCCUUAGAUUCGGAUUCGGAGGAUGAAGAAGAGAUGUUGGAUGAGACCUGCUACACACCACCACCAGACUAUACCUCCAUGCUGGUCUUCUCUCCAAUGGCAUUGCCUGAUAUCUUCCAAUCACUGAUCGUGUCUUUCGAACCAUCCUUGAGGAACUCCGAACCAGCAAAUGCCCUGUAUAUGCUGGCCCGAUUUGCUUGUCUUACCUGUGAUCAUAAUUGGCUCGAGGACUUAAUUAUUGGAGCAACAGAUACCAUCGAAGAAACUUUCUUUAACCGGGCGGACGAUGCACCCACCCUCGUUUUCUGGCUUUACAAUACCACCGUUUGGUUGCACCUCAUGCGAUGCGACAAUGCCAUCAAUGAGACGUGCGAAAUGCUGGGGCAGUUUGCACAUAUAGAGGAGAUUCUUAAUUCGGUCUUUGUGUUCAUCAUACGCCUUGCGGAGAGGAAAAUCGAUCAGCUGCUUGACGCGGCACUUCUUGAUUACUCCCCCCUCUCGACUGAGUUUGAGUCGAUACAAUUCGAGUCCGAGUGGUCCUUUCUUCGUUCUUUUGGAAAUAAGAAAAAGACAGCCGGUCAACCGCCUAGAGGUGGCGCGCCGGCUUCGCCGAAUAAUGGCAGCAGACCACCCUCUCCCCCUCCGCCGACGUCGACAUCGCCUACAAAUUCGCGUAGUUUUGCUUCGCUACGGCAGACCUUCACUCGUGCACGUGGUACCUCUAGCUCCGCACCCCUACAGUCUCUUUUUGCAGAUAAUUUUGCUCCCUCGACUUCCCCCCAGCCAUCACCGAAAGACAUUACUGCAUUUAUUACAGCUCUCCACACCCUUCUACAUCUUUCUGGGAUCAAUCCCGCUAUGAUAAUCCAGCUAUGGUCCCAAGUUAUGUACUGGACAGCAUGUGAGACAUUCAACCGUGUUCUGACACGGAAGAAGUACUUGUGCCGAUCGAAAGCUGUACAGAUUAGUAUGAACCUCAGCGUUCUGGAGGAAUGGAUCGGUGAGAUGCAACUGCCCCGUGGCGUUGUGUCACACUUCGCUCCAGUUAAGGAUCUCUUAACUUGGCUGCAGGGACUCUCCUCCAUUACUGAGUUCCCUAAUCUCAUCGCUACGGUACAAACCCUCAAAAAUUUGAAUCCGUUGCAGAUGCGCCGUGCUGUGCGUGAUUACAGAUACGAAGUAAAUGAACCCCGAAUGACCGAAGAGUGCAGCCAAUACCUUGCACAAUUGCAGAAAGACUGGGAAAGGCAUCGCAUUAAGCUGGGCGUUGAAGCUCUGCGCAAAGAGAUCGGAGAGCGGGAACGCGAGCGAGAACGAGAAGAAAGCGCCAGUGUGUCUCCGUCCUUGGACGAAGGAUCAGAGAGCCCAGCGCCAGCGCCGCCCCCAGAGAGCUGGGUUGCACAACGAAGCAUCGACGCGCUAUUCGAUCGGACAUGGGAGAAGUCUUCGUGGGAACCUGCAAAAGCUCCAGAGUCCCUCGGGGAGCUCAUGGACUCUAGAUUCAUGCUCCCCCUUCUGCUUCCCUCAGAUCCUCGAAUGCUAGGUGCCGUUCCCGUCAGCCGGUCGGAUCUCAAAGAAAAGCGACAUACCUCGCGGACAAGCCAGGACUCCACGACGAGUCGAGCAAGUUUUGGAGGGCGUGGCGCCAUGGAAUGGAAGCUCAAGAGCAAGAAAUUGCGUGACGUCGGGACGAGCACACUGCGAUAUGUUGACGGACACCGGGCGAUAAGACGGUGGACACGGCCGGACGAAGGGGAGGAAGAUGACUGGGACCAGCCACCGCCAUAUUCGAUGGAUGAUAUUCAGCCGGCUCACGGAGAUCUGUCGGUGGACACAUCGAUGCAUUUUACACCUCUGACUCGAAAACCGUCUGUACGAAGCCGGGGUCGAGCUAGUGCCAUCAGCGACCCGAUGGACAAAAACACGGACCCUUACGAUGAGCCAUACAAUCCUGUAUAUGGGCCUGCGUACGCGAAGGACUACAGCUACAACCCUGACGGCUACAACUCGACCGACAGCGUCACUCUCGGCGGAAAGCCGAAUGAUGCUGCCAAUGCUGGACCCGGCGAACUAUACGGAAAGCCAGAGGCUUACCAUGCUCAAGAGUAUUCUGGGCCGUUUACUGUGCCCCCUCGACAGUCACCUCUGGAGGAGCCCAAUAUGUUUCAGAGAUACUUCGGUCUUUAUCCUCUUGAGCAGCGCAUAUCAGACAAGCGGCGUGGGGUUGGUGUGCAGAAGCGGGCAUACGUCGUCUGGAUGCUUACUCUCGCUAUGCUCGGUGUUUUGAUUUACGAGUUGGUAGUGAACGACAAAGCACAAGGCACGCCAAUAUCGUUCAAGCCAGCGGUCAAUCCCAUGCUCGGUCCAUCCGGGAGCGCACUGAUCAACCUUGGUGCGCGUUUUCCGGCGUGCAUGAAAAUAGUCUCGGGUAUUCCUCUCAGCACAGAGCUUCCAUGCUUGAACGACACAGCCAAUCCCGUUACUUCAGCAUGUCCCCUAGAAGAUGUCUGUGGCUUCGGGGGCUUUCACGACGAGACGCCGAAUCAAUGGUUCAGGUUCAUUACACCUAUAUUUCUUCACGCGGGAAUAAUACAUUAUUUGUUGAAUAUGUUGGCACAGACGACUGUCUCUGCGCAAGUUGAGCGGGAAAUGGGAUCUGUUUUCUUCCUUGUCUUGUAUAUCGCAUCUGGAACGUUCGGGAAUGUCCUGGGGGGGAACUUUGCCCUCGUUGGGCAGCCGUCUGUUGGAGCUAGUGGCGCAAUCUUUGGGACUACGGCGAUUGCAUGGAUUGAUCUGUUCGCGCAUUGGAGAUAUCAAUAUCGACCAGGCACGAAGCUUGCAUGGAUGGUUGUCGAGCUUGUCAUCGGUGUCGGUCUGGGAUUCAUUCCAUACGUCGACAAUUUUGCUCACCUCGGCGGACUGCUGAUGGGGCUGCUCGUGGGAAUGGCGUUUUAUCCCAUCAUCAGUCCAUCGGCGAGACAUAGAACUAUAGUUAUUACUCUCAGGCUCAUUGCUAUACCAGUCGCCAUCGUCCUUUUUGUCGUCCUCAUUCGCAAUUUCUACACGUCAAAUCCAUAUGCAGCGUGUUCAUGGUGCCGAUACCUCUCAUGCAUUCCUACGUCUUCCAACGGCUAUUGUAAAGGGACUGGUAUGUUCCCGGCUCAUUUGCUUACAGAUUACAGGUCAUGA